AUGGAAAAGCUUACAAGAGUCGUCAUCCUGACAGCAUUAUGGGGUAUCUGGUCAAUCGGCAGUGGCUACGACCCUGAUGCAGUACCGCAGUGCAGAGAGCCGUCGCUGUGUCUUGUAGGGGAGUUCCAGUGCGGCAAUCUGUCCAAAUGUGUCCCGCAGGCGCUGCAUUGUGACGGCAAGGACGACUGUGGAAACAAUGAUGACGAAAUGUUUUGUGGUAACUUAAAGCUGUCUGACGAAAAAGACCUUACACAUCUAGAAUAUGACGAAGAAGACCUUACACAUCUAGAGUAUCCUGGAGCAGAACUUAGAUACGAGAUGUCUCUCUGUGGAUUGUGUGUAUCGAUAAACAAUGUGUUUUUUCCAGUGUUAGCAACGGUUCCGACACCUUGCUUGUGUGCCCAAAACACAUCCUUGCGCUGCCAGGAACAGAACAUCAGUCAAGUACCAACGGAUAUCCCCGCACAAGUCACACGACUAUUUCUACAAAACAACAUCCUGGGCGUGCUACGGGGCCAGCCUUUUGAGAACCUCGCCGAUCUCCAAACCCUAAACCUGAACUGGAAUAAGAUCACGCACAUAGAGGUGUCUGUGUUCGCCGGUCUGGAAAACCUUCAGAAACUGGAAAUGGAAGAAAAUCUUUUGGAUGAACAUUCUCUCCGCACACUAUGCCAGGACUUACCAACAGUCGAGUGGCUGGAGCUUGAGAGAAACAGCAUUACGGCUUUAGGUCCGGAAUAUCUGCAGGGCUGCCAGAAUCUGACCAUGUUAAAUCUGUCGCGGAAUCCGAUGACUGAGAUCUCUGCCGAUCUAUUCGAGGAUAUUCCCUACUUACAAUCUCUCUACUUCAGCAAAUUCCAGUACUGUGGCUUCGCCCCACACGUAAGAAACUGUCAGCCGUAUACAGACGGCAUCUCGUCAUUUGAAGACCUGCUGGCCAAUGUGGUUCUACGGACAUGUGUGUGGAUUGUCUCCAUCGUCACGUGUACUGGCAACACCGGUGUCAUCAUCGGGCGUACCGCCAUCAAACAAGAGAACAAAGUUCACUCUUUCUUCAUCCAGAAUCUCUGUGCUUCUGACUUAAUCAUGGGGAUCUACCUUCUUAUUAUUGGCUCUAAGGAUGUCAUGCUCCGCGGUGUGUAUAACCAGCACGCCGAAGAGUGGAAGGUUGGUUACGGCUGUAAACUGAGCGGCUUCCUGGCCAUGCUGUCCGCAGAGGUAUCGGUUCUUCUCCUCACCUACAUGUCCGUGGAAAGGUUCCUCUGUGUUGUCUUUCCUUAUCGUGACAACAGACCUGAUCGCUGGCAGGCGGGAGUGACUAUACUCCUGAUAUGGCUAGGCGGGUUCCUGCUCGCACUCGUGCCGCUGAUGGUCCCAGAGUACUUCGGGAACUUUUACGGCAGCAACGGCGUGUGUUUCCCGCUGCACCUGCACGAGCCGUACAUGGCAGGGUGGGAGUACAGCGCCUUCAUCUUCAUCGGUAUCAACUUCUCCUCCCUCCUGGUCAUCAUGGCGGCGUACAUAGGCAUGUUUAUCUCCAUACAGCGCACGCGCAGCUCCAUAGCCACGCCCUUCUCGUUGUUGAGUGACAUGUCCUUCGCCAAGCGGUUCUUCUUCAUCGUGCUGACGGACUCCCUGGUCUGGCUCCCCAUCACGGCUAUCAAGUUCAUGGCCCUAACCAGCGGGCCCAUUUCAGGCACGACCUACGCGUGGAUUGUGAUCUUCGUGCUGCCCAUCAACAGCGCCAUCAACCCGAUUCUGUACUCCCUCACCACCAAAACAUUCACCACCCUCAUCGACCACGUGGUCAGGGGCAGUCCGCUCAGCUGUGGGCCGGAGGUGGUGAAAGGGACACAGGGUGUGACUACAACUGGCGGUAACAGCACGUGUGUAACCGGCCCGACGUCGUCUUCACAGAUUGGCUACCCACUUCGACCUCUCCGAGCUUAUAGAGCAAAACGCUCGUUUGAAAGUGAAAUGUCAGUAUCUUCCAGCUGCAACCCCAGUGUUCAAAUCCAGUUUAACACUAUGGGAAACGAACCCAUGGCGGCUAACGCGCUCAGCAUCAGAUUCCACGGGCGUAGUUUGGCCGACGUGCCGGAGCAUCCUUCCUGUAGCGACCCGUCCAACAGAGAAGAGGAAGAAAGCAGUGGGGACGAGACGAGUCAGAAAGACGACCAGACUGCGGUGACAUCACCUGCGGACACCCUUGACACAUCCGAAGGAGACACAAGUAUCAACGAAGCCAACGAGAAGCCCAAAACAAAUAGCAAUACCUUUGUUGUCAGCACCGUCCAAGCAGAAAUCUGUAACCCACCCGACUCACCGACAUGUCCGCCAAACUUGAGCAAACUACCGGCUGUCCUUUGUAUGGAGGAGCACGUGGGCAUGGCGUCUUCUCCUACAAAACCGGCCUGCUCAGACAUCAACAUGGAGUCACACCCUCAAAUGACUGUCUUCAAUGGAAAGGGAAAAGUCACAGCUGUCUAA